AUGGAACGACCCAUCACCAAGUACACCCCCAUCAACAUCACCCUCAUGCUCGGCCCCCCGGGCAGCGGCAAAGGCACCCUCGCGCACGCCCUCGUGGGCAAGCUCGUCAGCUACCACCUCUCCGUCGGCGACUGGCUCCGCUUCCUGUGCACGUACGACGAGAGCAUCACGGGCGCCAGUGGCGAGGCACUCGGCGGAUUGACGAGGCAGGAACUCAAGGCGUACCUGUACGCGCACGAGCUCGUGCCGGCGGAGACGGUCGUCGCUAUCGUGUGGCAUAAGAUUGGCGUGGAGAUCGAUAAUGGCCAUGAGACGUUCUUGAUCGAUGGGUUCCCGAGAGACGAGGCGUCUGCGUGGCAUUUCGAGCAACUACUCGCUGCCAACUCCCUCCCCAAACCCGCCCGCGUCAUCUCCCUCAGCUGCCCCAAGCAAAUCUGCAAAACCCGCUUCCCGACCCGGCGCCGCGCCGCCACCGACUCCGAGGCGGUCUUCGAGAAGCGGUACAGGGAGUUUAUGGAGAAGACGACCAGGGAGGUGCUGAAUCGGUAUGCGGUGCGGUUGGUGAAGGUGGAGACGAGCGGUACGAUGGAGGAGAAUGUGUGGGAGAUGGGGUGGGCGUUGGGGUGGAAGGGGGCGUGGGAGUGA